ACUGAACUCUGAGCUCUCAGGACUUUUCUCCUUUUGGGAUUCAAUUUUCUGGAAUAUUCAUUCAGAGACUCAGACCUGCUGGAGUCCUGAACGGGAGAUUUCCAAGUGUGUGAGUAAUAUGAGGAAUAUGCCUUUGAAUGGGCUAGAUCCUGGAAUCAGACUGCAGGGCUUCCAUCAUGCUUAGACUGGGAAGCAGCAUGCUAACAGAUCGGUGAACUGUUGCGGCUUGUCAAACCCCCACCCUCGUAGCCACCUGCACCACCAACCCAGCUUCGAGGGUGACUCUAGACACUUCCACUCUGCCUGACAAUCUAGGCCAACACCAUGGAUUUCCUACUAAGAAGUCGAGACAGGAUGGCUUUCUCCAGCUCUGAGCCUCUUUUGGGCCCUCAAAGCAGCUGCACCAGGCACCACUACCAUGGCAUCAAAAGAAAGCUGCGGCCCGGACGGAUUAUGGGCUUCAUCAUCAGCAUGGUGGCUGUCUGCACAUUCUGUUCAUGGAGUGCCUUGUCACUGGUCACAGCAAUGGCCAAGGAGCUGGAGUCGUCCGCUGAGGGAUCGGCAGAGGCGUUAGUGCCCCAAAGAACUCUUCUGCAGUACCACAACCUCUCUGCCGCGCCAGAGGACAAACCAGUGGCCAUGAAAUCAUCUGAUAUAGAGAUGAAUCACGGGGACUACCCAACAGACUACUUUAGCGUGGAGGAGAGACGUCAGGGCUAUGUGUGUUUUCAUAUGCUUGGCAUGCUGUACAUGUUCAUAGCCUUAGCCUUAGUCUGCGAUGAGUUCUUUGUUCCUGCGCUCACUGUUAUCACAGAGAAGCUGCAGAUAUCUGAUGAUGUAGCAGGAGCCACCUUCAUGGCAGCAGGUGGCUCAGCCCCGGAGCUCUUCACUUCUGUCAUAGGAGUCUUUGUCUCCCACAGUAACGUGGGUAUCGGUACCAUCGUGGGCUCCGCUGUCUUCAACAUCCUGUUUGUGAUAGGGAUGUGCGCCCUGUUCUCCAAAGAGGUGCUGAACCUCACCUGGUGGCCUCUGUUCAGAGAUGUCUCAUUCUAUAUCAUUGGCUUGCUCAUGCUCAUCUAUUUCUUUCUGGAUAACGAAAUCACGUUUGGGGAAAGUCUCGGUCUGCUGUCGUGCUACACCUGCUACGUGACAUUCAUGAAGUUCAAUGCCAAAAUAGAAUAUCUCAUCAAGGCCCUCCUGGGCAGCAACCAGGUGGACGAGCUGGAGACGGCACCAAAGGUCAAUGCACCUGGAGAUGACGAGAACAAGCUGUCGGCCAAACCGAGGCUGCAGAGGGAAGGCAGCUGUGCCUCUCUACACAACUCACUGAUGAGAAACAGCAUCUUCCAGCUCAUGAUACACACCCUCGACCCUCUCAGUGAUGAAGGUAUGGGACAGUUCAAAGAGAAGGCAUCAAUCCUCCACAAAAUGGCCAAGCAGAAGUGUAAAGUAGAAGCUGCCUGUGCCAACGGUGUAGGAGGCCUCUCCCAGACACAACCUCCAAGAAAUGCAAAUUCUGAUAAAAGAAUCCCCAACAGUUCAAAUGUUGCAGUGGAAGUCACACCACCCAUGAACGGUGUUGCAGGAGGAGACGAGGGGGGUGAAGAAAAAGAGGAAGAAGACCAGCCUCUGAGCCUGGCCUGGCCCGACACCAACAGGAAACGGUUCAUCUACCUCAUCAUCCUGCCCAUUGUCUUUCCACUGUGGCUCACACUGCCCGACGUCAGGAGAGAGACCUCAGCGAGGUUCUUCCCUGUCACUUUCCUCGGCUCCAUUAGUUGGAUUGCUUUCUUCUCCUACCUGAUGGUGUGGUGGGCUCACCAGGUUGGAGAAACAUUCUGGAUCACAGAGGAGAUUAUGGGUCUAACAAUAUUAGCAGCUGGCACUUCGAUCCCUGACCUGAUCACCAGUGUGAUUGUAGCACGAAAAGGCCUCGGUGACAUGGCCGUGUCCAGCUCUGUGGGCUCAAACAUCUUUGAUAUCACUGUGGGUCUACCGUUCCCCUGGCUCGUUUACAACAUCCUCAACGACUUCAAGCCAGUAGAGGUGAGCAGCAACGGCUUGUUCUGCGCCAUCGUCCUCCUCUUCCUCAUGCUCCUCUUCGUCAUCAUCUCCAUCGCGGCUUGCAAUUGGAGAAUGAGCAAGUUUCUGGGCCUUUUCAUGUUCGUGCUCUACUUCGUCUUCCUCGUCCUUAGCGUCAUGCUGGAGGACAAAGUCAUCAACUGCCCCGUCACCGUCUGAGAGAGAAAGGGAGCCAGAAAUUAGGCGCGAAUGUGCUUGUGUGUACAGUGGGAUUUACAACAGGAGAGGAAAAUCAUGCUCACACAGACACAAACUGUCUCUUAUCUGUCUCACUUACAUACACAGUAGAAGACUGCAUGCACACACACACACACACACACACACACACACACACACUCAAGUGAAAGGUGAAGAAAACAAACACACACAGGUUGUGGAUGUCAGUUAGGCAGAGACGCUGACUUAAAUCAACACUGGAAAUUCAUACCGGUGCAUCACACCCGUCCAGCAGCUGGCAAACAAGCCUGUGCAUCGUCAAUGGACUUUAUUCCACCCAAUAGGAGAGACUCCUCUCUCUUUGUACCAUGUGACUACAUUCAGUAAUCACUUUGGGUUGAAAACUGAUUGACAAGUUAUGUGGACGCCACCUGGGAUGGAAAAUUUCACCCGAGAUCACCAGAGAUUGUUGUUUUUUUUAACUAAAGGACCACAUGGCAGGAUAGGAAGUACCUCCACUACUCAUGCAAGCAGCCAAGUUAAGCACAUAAACUGAAUAUGGAGGCUCAAAAAGACUUUAUUUUGUUGUUGUU